UCCCCACAGACUUCUCCUUUCUUGUUGCUGGGCCUCCUGCUAUGAAGUCAAAACUGUAAUGGUACUGAGAGCAGUCAAGAAAAAAUAGCCUCAAUUAUCAGCGCUUUCCCACCUCCCCCCACCCUCGCCCCCCGUGGCUGAGGAGGGCGGCGGAUCAAUCAGACUAUCGGUAACCGCUGCUACCACCUCAACACAAUGUGCAACGGGGACCAUCUGCUUCGUGGUAAUCAAUGUGUGGGUAUAACUGUAGACUGCAUGUAGGCUGAGCAGUAACCUUAAUUAUGUACAUGUAGGUGUGACAGCAUUGAAUAUGCUCAGGAUUGCUGGUUCUAAUACGCAAGACUGAAUAAUUUUCAAUCGGUAUCCAUUUUCAAUCGGUAUCCAGAACAAUGUUCGCUGUUGGCAUUGCAUUGCAUUAACGAAAUAUUUGCCAGUUACGUGCAUUUAAUUUUUAUUAGCUCAUGCAGUGUAUGCCUUAAUGUUUGUAGCAUAAUACAUUUCCAGGUAUUACUGACGGGGCUGAAAUAUUGAGCAGAGAACAUGGUUACCAUUGCACAGUGCAAGGAAAUCCUCUUCGUACGAGCAGCUGUCUGUUGUGGUAUAAAGGAUGUCAAGAUUGAGAGGCAAAUCAGUUCACUCUUCAAGCCUUCAGCAGCAAAAACAACCCUCCUCAUCGAUCAACACUCUACUCUCACUGUCAGCAAAUAACAACAACUAACAAUGUCCGCCUUUAAAGCCGUUGCCUGUGUCGUCUUCCUCCUGGUUAUCAGUGCAUCUCACUCGAGAUCCAUGAAUACAAUGAGCAUACUGUGCGAAUUUGAUCACUUCAUUCCAAAUGUAGUUCGCCCCACCCUUGCUGAUAAAUCUCGCCUCCUUUUUCUCCUAAACUUCAACGAGACCAAAAUAAAACAGCUGGAUGAUCUGAACGUGACUAGCAAUGUGUGUGGGGUACUGGCUGCUCAUGAGACUGCCACGAGGGUGGGAAGAAAUACUAUGUUCCAGAAGAAAGUGCGAACUGACUCCAUUUUGGUACAAUUUUUUAUUGGAGGCCCUCAAAGCAACUCUACUGAACAUUUUGAUCCCAAUUUUGAAGCUUCCCUGGACUAUCUCCGAAAAUAUUGCCUGUACCACGAGUUUGCAAUUGCUGACACUGUGUUUAAGUUCAAGGACCUAUUGACAGAUCUAGGAGGUUGCAAAACGGAGCAGGCAAACUGAAUAGAAUGAUAGUCAUAGAUAAUCAUACACUCGUCGUUUUUUAACAUUCAUCACACUAGCUGUACUGAUUUUGAAUUACAAUAUACUAUUGUAAUAACAUACCACAAGAGAACAUUAUAAUAGUUCAAUCAGUUUCAGUUUUAUUGUUAAACAGUUUUUGACUUGCUUACUAAGACGUUCACCAUUGGAAUAAUUUAUUGUCUUUGA